AUGAAGUUCCUUUUGCUGAGCAUCGAGUUCAACGCCGGCACUUUCUCCGGCAAUGGCGUCUACGCCUGCAGCCAGGCGAGAGCCCUGUCCCAGCUGGGUCAUGAGGUGCUGGUCAUCGCGGGCGCGCCGCCUGGCCACAGCAGCGCCGCGGCCGCUCCCGAGGACGGCGGCAAUGGCGGCGCCGGCAUGCAGCGCGUGGUGCACUUUGAGCUGCCGGUGUGGGGGCGCCUCGACGCGGGCUGCGGCUGGCGCGAGUACGCGGCGUGCGCCGGCGUCCCGACCGUGGCGGCCCAGGUGGCCGCCUUUGGCGCGGCCGCAGCGCUGGGCGUGGACUGGCACAGCGUGGGCGCGUAUGACGCGCUGGCGGCGGCGCUGCCGGCGGCCGCGCUGCCGCCCUUUGUUUACCUAAACUACAGGGUGUACCACCGCACCGCCAGCGCCGAGGAGCUGGCUGUGAUAGAGGGGCGGGAGCAGCGCGCGCUGCGCCUCUCCCGCUGCUCCAUGGUGCUCAGCCGCAGCGAUGCCGACUACCUGCGCCGCCACUUCCCCGCCGCCACCGCCGCCGCCGCGCCGCUGCACGUGCUGCUGCCCGCGCUGCGGUCCGACAUGGAGCGCCUGCCUGCGCCAGGGCUUGGGGCUGAAUCCGAGGAGGCGGGCGGCGGCGGCGGGCUGGCCUGGGCGACGGGGCGCCGCCACCUGGCCUGCUGCGUGCGGCUGUCGCCCGAGAAGGAGCCCCACCGCUUUGUGGAGGUGGUGGAGGUGAUGGCGGCGCGGGGCAGCCUGGAGCGGCUGGGCGUGGUGCCCGCCAUGUGCGGCGCGGGCUGGAACUCGCCCUAUGGUGCAGACCUGCGCCGCCGCCUGCAGCAGAACGUGCCCCAGUGCGUGGUGCACGACUCCUUCAUGGGGCCAGGCGAUCUGGCGCAGCUGUAUGCCGCCACCCUGCUCAACCUGCACCCGCCCACGUACGAUGCCUAUGGUGAGUCAGCAUCCUUCCCCUUGCUGUGUAUGACGAUAGUGGAGGCAGCCUCCCAGGGCGCACCCAGCCUGGUGCAGGAGGGCGGGCAUGUGGGGGCCACCGACCUGCUCAGCAGCCAGGCGGGGGAGGUGUUCCUGUGCGACAUGGAGCAGCCUGUGGGCCAGCUGGCGGAUCUUGUGGAGGCGCUGCUGGCAGACCGGGCGCGGCUGGCGGCGGCGGGCCGCCUGGCGCAGGCCAAGGCGCGCAGCUGGACGGAGCACGACAACGCCCAGGCCUUGGUGCAGCACGUGCAGGAGGCGCUGGCCGGCGGCGAGGCGGCGCCGGCGCCGGCAGCGGAAGCGGCUGGCGGGGAGCAGGCGGCGGUCGAGGUGGCAGCCUGA